UCAAAUCAGUCUUCAAAAUUCUUCCAAAUCUCCAUUUGAAAUUCAAACCGCCUUUGAAAAAUAUGCCAUUUACGACACAUAUCUAGUAGCCCCCCGAGCCUUAAAUCUAAAUUCCAUGAAUUAGAAUUAAGGAUCCAAAGUCGUGGCAUACCUUUUGUCUUUACACCGAAAGUACCUGAAAUGAUCUUUCGAGUAAAGUCACUUUUGAUAUAAAGUGAGUCAGUGUCUGAAUAGUCACGUGGUGUAUACUGUAGAUGGAAUCUACUCUGUGUCCACCCGUGAGCCUUUUGUCAUGUAGUAUCACGGGUUGGGUUCCAGUUCGUUGCUUUCUCUAUAAAUGAAGGGGUGAGGCUUUUUCCAGAGUUAUUCCACCGUAGCAACCAUGGCUCUUAGUUGGAGUUCUUUCCUGGAAAGUUCUCGUCCUCUUGAUAGGAGUAGUUUUUUGCUUAGAAACUGGUGCUAGAAGAGUACUUGCGAGCAACAAGAAUACUUGCUGUCUUCCUAGCCGUCGGUCUUGCUUCAUACAUCUCAACCAUCCUAGGCAUCUUGUACCUAGGUGGUUAGAGGUAGAUGGAGUUUCAGAGGUUGAGGCAUCUUGUACCUAGGUGGUGGUGUCAUACUCGUGGGUAAUAUCUGAAUGGUUUCCCCCUCAAUGGCAUCUCCAGAUAUAGCAUUGUUUUUGUUGCAAACACAUCCAGGAAGAAGGAGAAAUUCCUUUUCAAGAUGCAAGAAGAGGACUUGCGAUGUUCUCAUGAUUGCAUGUCUUUCUUGCUUGAAAAUCUCUUCUUCCUGGAUGUUUAAGUUUAUUCCCUCUUAGGAAUAACAAGAUUUGAAGCUUUGUAACAGCCAUUGGCUGAUGUAUCUUAUGUAAGCUACCUCGAGUGGAAUCGAGUAGUUUAAUAUAUUGUUCCUUUGUAUUUGCUUUUUUUCCCCAAAAUGUAAUCCCAGAAAAGUGUAAAUACCUGAAGGAAAUCCUGAUUUUUCGGGAUGAUUGGAUUCUGUUGCAUAAAUCCCUGAAUUAUCGCUUGAAACAGCUCUGUAACUGGCGCGUGACCCUUUGGCUUCUAAGUAUUCACAAAAUUGCCAUUGGCUUGGUUAUUUAACCUCUCGGUUAAACCUAGGUUUAGCACGCUUCCAAGCAUAGUUUGAUCCGCCGCCGCCAUUUCCUCCAUUCUUGCCUCUGCUUGCUACGAGAAACUAGCCACCGCUAGCCCUCGAGCGAGAAGCAAUAGGAGUUGCUCCCCUCAUCCUUAUGGCGCCCAAGAAGACUCAGGGAAAGGGGAAGGCGGGUGGUGCUAUUGACCAAGUGGAGACCCAGGGGUGGAAAGCGAGUAAGUGCUCCAACUUCCAUCUCUUAGGUCUUGUAGAGGUGAAUCUUCUCCAGCCGCGAGAAGUAGUUCAUUGGCGGAAGUCUUUAGGAGAUUCGGUUCCUCGUGAGGAACCGAAUGAAACAGUUAUUUUCCAAUCUCAUGUUCUGCGCGGUCUCGGAAUCCCCACCUCUGAUUUCUUCCGAGGUCUCUUGCAUCACUAGGGGAUUCAAGUGCAUCACUUGACCCCUAAUUCUAUACUUCACAUCUUGAUUUUUUGUUCAUCUUUGUGAAGCCUUUCUGAGGAUCGAACCCCACUUCGAUCUUUUUCAACACCUCUUCCAUUUGAAACCCCAUCCCAGCGAAGUUGAAAUAGAUGUAGUGGGAGGUGCGGGUUUGCAAUUGCGUCAGGGUGUAGGUCCAAAGUACAUCCCUUAUAAGAUGACCGACAAGGUUAUCGACUGGAAAGACCUGUGGUUCUAUGUUGAGAACCAGUCGCCUCCCCUGCCUCGUAGAUCCGCUGGUCCCCCAGUUAAGAAGGCUAGCUGGAAUUCCGGGGGGGGGGGGGGGUGAAUAUGGAUCAGGUUAAUUUUCUUCUUGGGGAGAUAGACUUGCUGAAGAAGAAAAAUAAAAUUAGCAGAGCUUCGGUGGUGGCGCAUUGGUCGCUCCGGAGAGUUCAACCGCUCUAACAGCGAGUGCAUUUGGGAUUCCAAUUCACUGGUGAAAAGGACUCCACUCGCUAUACCAGAUUCAAAAUCUCCAAUGCUGACCUUAAGCGUCGAAUGGAUCGACUGAUGAAGGGUGUUACUGGAGAAGCCAGUAUCAAGGGGACGUUCAAAGCGGGCAGACGUCCUCGGGAGAUCGACCCCGAAAAAUAUCAAAGUAGGCCUUCACUUCCAGAAGUUGUGCCUGGCGCACAAUCUGACUCAAGUCCUUCGGGUGGUGACGGCGAUGAUGGGAGUCGGACUGUAUCUGCCCAACAUGAUGGAGCAGAUAACAAGCCCCAAAUCGAGUCAUCGGAGACGCGGAAGCGGAAGGAGCCAUCGACUGGCGGUGAUGACAGGCCCCGCUCUCCAUCGAAAAAAUGGAUGCACAGCUCGGCUGCCAGUCCUGCUGCGUCCGCCCAGUCCGAUCCUGGGGGUAGCGCGACGACUUACUCUGCUCAGAUGCCGAAAGAGCAGAGUCAGUCGGGGACGACCGUCGUCUCCAGGCUGUUGCGGACAAAGAAGUUUUCCGUCAAGAAGUCCAGCCACAAACCUGCCGACUUCGGGAUUGUGGAUAUGGGGAAUCCCCAGACCACCAAACCAGUCGACGAGGUCUCCCAGGCCCAGCCGGACCUCUAGACUACUGUGGUCCAGUCGAAUCCAGCAGCCGAGGAUGUCCCUGCAGACAAGGCGGGAGAUACCCCUGUGGGGGUGCAGAAAUGAAUCGCAGAGGAG